GGCUCCGUGGCAGCUCCUCGGCGGGUCCGACUCCUUCUUCCUCCUGCAGGGACAACAGGCCAGGGCUUCGCAUCGGGAUCCGGGCGCGUUCGGCUAAGCCAUGGCGGUCUCCGCGCUGCAGCAGGGCAUGGUCUCGGUCGUGCUGCUGCUCUGCCUCUUCGUGGCGGUGCCCAGGCUGUUCGGGGGCGGAGGAGGAGCAGGGAGGGCCUUGCGCGGGGGCAAGGCUGGCCCCGGUCGCUCCGAUCCCUAUCCGCCCCCCACAGGUGCCUCUGAGAGAGUUCAUCAGUCUCAUCUGAAUUCAGGAAGUUCUCAAAGUAAAACAUACCAAAGCUUUCAACAGAUGAGGAAUGUAAUGGAAAAGGACAGGAAGAGUGAGAGAACUCGAGGCAGUGGCAAAGACUUAGCAUUUACCCUCAUGCCCUUGUAUGCUAUUGGUGUGGGGGUGUUUGCAGCAUACAAAUUCCUAAAGAUGAAAUCUCAAGAAGGAAGUUCUUCCAAGAAAGAGAAAAAUACAGAAGAAGAUAAAGCAAAAGAAACAGAACAUCAGCUUUUGGAACUGGAGCAGCAUCUAGCACAGACAGAGAAAAUUUUAAAUUCUUUAUUGACUCAGUUAGACCCACUGUCAAACUGUGUUAAUGCUUUGGCUUGUGAACAGAAAGAUGAAAUAAUGACACAGCUCCAGUCCAUUAGACAGCUGAUGAAGGAAAGUGGAUUGGAUAAAUCAGAAGUGAAACCAAAAGAUGUUAAUCACACAUAUAAUGAGAAACUUGAAGAUCUCAUUCAGUCAUUUGGCAAACACACUCAGGAAAAAGCAGAUGACAGUGAAGAUCAUAGUAUUGAAGAUCUGCUUGAAGAUACUGCUGGUUGUUCCAGAAAGGAAGAGCAUGAACUAUGUGACUGUGAAUUCACACUUAAUCAGCUGAUUGAGCCAAAGGUGAUAGAAGUUCAAGAAAUAAUAAAUAGAGAGAUACUGGAUCCAGAAGAGACUGAAUUAAGGAGGCGUAAUAAAUAUGAAUUAAAUAUGCAUAUAUAAAAUGUUCAGAAUUAAAGAAUUGUUGCACAUAACAUUGUAUGCACUUUUAAAAUAUACUGUCACUGCUAUAUGCUUUAAAAGUAGAGGUGAAAUCUUGCCCCACUGAAGUCAAUGGAGUUCUGCAAUUGACUUCAGUGGGUGGCAGGCUUUAACCCAGAAUGUUUACACAGACAGUUCUAUUUAUUUUUCCUAUAGAAAAUAUUUCUGUACUAUCUGUAUAUUAUACACUGAAAUUACACAUGGUGCUUCACUAAAGCAUCAGGAUUUCUUAAUACAAUAUUUGUUUUUCAUACCUAAUUAAAACUAAGAGGAAUGGAUAUAACUCAGUGAUUAUUUUAAAUAUAGAAAUCACAGAGUAAUUUAAAUGUCUUUUUCUGGAGUUGCACAUGCAAACUGAAGAAAGUGUACUGCUGGGGGGAUUCUGGUGCCUGCAGAAAAUAGCUCCCUUGUAGAAUUCCUGUGCUUCCCUACAGGGGAGCAAAGGGAAGCCACGCAGGACAAGGGGGGGGUGACCAUGGGUUCAGUUUUGGGCAGGGGGGGAUUUCCCCCUCCAAACAGAGGUGACAUGGGGUGAGGGAGGCACAGAGAUUGUGCCACUGCCCCCCCUCAUUUCUGCAAGCGCACAGAUACCCAGCUGAAGGAGGCUGCCUUCCGCUCUGCUGCCUCUGCAGCUGAACACCACCUCCUGGGUCCUCGUGCUGAUCGUACUCCCCUUCAGGGUGCUGGGAGCUUUUCCUGUUUCCUGUGCAACAUGAGUGCCUGCAGUGGGCCUGGGUAAGCAGGGGUGAGGGAAGAGGCAGUGGAAGGAAGGGGGUGGACUAGAACGG